CGCCACGCACACGAAGACAAAAAGAAGCAAAACUCUCUCUCUUUCUCUAGAUUCCAGACUUGAAGAAGACGAGGAGGAAAAUGGCGAGCUGUGUGUGCUGCAGGCCGUCGAUUGUGGCCAGACCGAUUCAAAACGACGGCUUUCGAACAUCGUUGGAAGCUCUAAAUCGCGUUGGGGUUGUCGUACCUUACGGUACAAGCACAAGGUCCUUCGGAAGGGUUUGCGGCGUGCGAGCUUCCGCUGUGGACUCGUAUGAAAGUUCAUCGAAUUUCGCUAAUCGCAUGGAAAAAGCUUGGUUAAUCUCUAAGCAACCGAGGCCUAUUGCUUGUUCUUCUUGCAACUCAAAUGGUCAUACUGAGUGCAAAUGGUGUGCGGGUACAGGCUUCUUUAUUCUCGGCGAUAACAUGCUUUGCCAAGUCUCUCCGAAAAGUACAACUUGUGUUAUUUGUACCGGAAAGGGUUCAAUGCGUUGUUCCGACUGUAAAGGAACGGGCUUUCGUGCCAAGUGGUUAGGACAACCACCUAUUUCCAAGUAGCCGCCUACUCUCGGUAAGCUUCAACCGUAGGAGCUACUACACAAAUUGUAGUAACAUCUUAAUCAUGUUGUAACAGUUCUUCGUUUCUCAAGUUUUGAAAGUUGCUUAUUCUUUAAAUUGUGUAGUUAAAUCAGCCCACAGAGCAUCACCCUUAACUAGUUUGCCUCAUUCAUCUUAGUUUUUGGAAUGUAAAACUAUCGUUGCCUCGACUGGUUCUGUUAUCAAAUUGAUUUAUUGUUAGAAAUAUGGAUACGAAGUUUUGCUCGC